UGUCCCAUCGGUGCCCCCCCGCCCCAUGCCGCACAGCCUCUGGCACGGUUCCUGUUGUCUUUGCCGUUUUUCCCAGCACCGUGGCUGUGGUGUCUCAUCGUUCCCUGACUUGUAACAAGGAUGAAAAUCUUUUCAUGGGUUUACUAGCCGUUUGUUUUGGGUUCUGUGAAAUGUCUCACUUGUGUUUUCUGCUCUUUUCUUGGUCCCUUUUCAGGCGCUCCAUGUGUGCUCUGGGCGACGUCCGUACGCCGUCUGCUGCCCAGGUGCGGCCCACCACUUCAAUUUGCCUGAGCUCACAGCCGCGAUGCUGAAAAGGGUGACGAGGCUUGUCCCCAGGGCCUGCCAGUUGGACCCUGGACAUUUUUUGCAUGGGGGGCCCCAGGCCCCCCAAAGCCUUGCUGCUCGCCUGGAUGACCAGGUUCCGGAUGAGAACCCCAGAGCCGGUUCCCACCCCAGCGAGGACGACCCGGCCGGGGCCGGCGAGCAGCGCGAGGGCCGCCACUACCGCAUCCCCCUGCAGGACCUCCCGACCGUCUUCCCCCACGGCCUGCCCCGUCGCUUCAGCCUGCAGAUGGGGACUGCCGUGUUAGUGGGUGUCAGCCGGAGUCUGCGGGUGCAGCUUAGAUCCAGCGGCCCAGCGUCGCCCGAGCGGACAGGCCGGGCGCGCAGCGGGGCCCUCCGGCUGCCGGGUCCGCUCCGCGCCGCCCGCCACAGCCGCCGUGCUUCCCGGUUCUGCCAGGUGAGGACCUUCAACGAAGCCUGCCUGAUGGUGAGGAGGCCGGCCCUGGAGCUCCUGCGGCACCUGGACGACACCAAUUUCGCUCACCCGGCCGUGCGGUACGUGCUCUAUGGGGAGAAGGGGACAGGAAAAACCCUCAGUCUCUGCCAUGUUGUUCAUUUCUGUGCAAAACGGGACUGGCUGAUUGUGCAUGUUCCCGACGCUCACCUAUGGGUGAAGAGCUCGCGGGGCCUCCUGCGGUCGGCCUACAGCAGGCGGCGCUUCGACCAGCCCGUGGAGGCCGCCAACUGGCUGAAGAGCUUCAAAACGGCCAACGAGCGUUUCCUGAGUCAGAUAAAAAUUCAGGAGACAUACAUGUGGAAUAAGCGAGAGAGCACCGAGAAAGGCCGGCCUCUGGGAGAAGUGGUGGAGCAGGGCCUGACGCGGGUGAAGAAUGCCACGGAUGCCGUUGGGAUCGUUCUCAAAGAGCUCAAGAGUCAGAGUUGCUCGGGUGCUUUCCGUCUCCUGGUGGCGGUGGAUGGAGUCAAUGCUCUCUGGGGAAGGACCACGCUGAAGAGAGAAGAUAAGAGCCUGAUGGCCCCCGAGGAGUUGGCGCUCGUGCACAGCCUGAGGAAGAUGGUGCGAAACGACUGGCACGGAGGCGCCGUGGUGUUGGCGCUGAGCCAGACCGGGUCCCUCUUCACGCCGCGGAUGGCCUGUCUGCCGCAGGAGCUGCUGGGAAAGGAAGGAUUUGACGCCUUGGAUCCCUUUGUUCCCAUCCUGGUCUCCAACUACAGCCCAGAGGAGUUUGAAAGCUGCAUCCAGUACUACCUGGAGAACAGCUGGCUGCAGCACGAGAAAGGUUGGUUCUCGAGUUUUCCAUUCACGGAGUCCCCUCGAGUCAGAGCCUUGAUGUCUUCCCACGGCAGCGGCCUGCAUGGUCUUUCUCCCUUUUUCUUGACUUCUCUCCGGCCGAUUAGACGGCAAGAAAGGUGGCGGGGGUGGUGGCGGUUACUAGACGGUGCGUUUCUUCCCACGAUCUCACGUCAGCCUAGAGCAAGAGGCUCGGGCUGGAAGCCCAGCCCUGGACGUGAGCGAGGCCUGCCGGCGCCAGGCCAGACCCAUGCUCCGCCUGUCCCGCUCUGUGGACACGGGUGGGUGCCCUCCGCCGCACACCGCAGCCUUGUCCCCGGCCCAGGCACGGGCGAGCGGAGCAGAGGUCGUGGUGGUCCUGUCCCUGGGUGAGAGCGAGCCAGCUGCUGUGGAGGACAUCACUGGAGGGGAGGGCAGACAGCAGCUGCAGCAUCGGUGGGCCGGGGACCACGGCGCGGAGAUUUCUGAGGGGGUUGGCGUGCGAC